UCUGUUGGCUUCAAUGGUAAGUUGCUGAAUAGGGGGUUCUCUGAGGGGGAGGAGUCACUCAUUCUUUACGUUGAACAGGUAUAAAAGCAAAGUGUUAACAAGGUAGGAUAGCAGUUCAGGAGCAACAACUCAUCUACAGCAAACAUGAGCAACACCGGCAUGAACAUGAGGGGCAAGAUCAUCUUCUACGAGGAGAAGAACUUCCAGGGUCGUUCUUAUGAGUGCAUGAACGACUGCUCUGACAUGACCUCCUACCUGAGCAAGUGCCACUCCUGCAGGGUGGAGAGCGGCUGCUUCAUGGUGUACGACCGCAACAACUACAUGGGAAACCAGUACUUCAUGAGGAGGGGCGAGUACUCCGACUACAUGAGCAUGAUGGGAAUGAGGGACUGCAUCAAGUCUUGCCGUAUGAUCCCCAUGCACAGAGGACAGUACAGGAUGAGGAUCUACGAGAGGGAGAACUUCGGUGGUCAGAUGCACGAGAUGAUGGAGGACUGUGACAACAUCAUGGACCGUUACCGCAUGAACGACUGCCAGUCCUGCAACGUGAUGGACGGCCACUGGCUGAUGUACGAUCAGGCCAACUACAGAGGCAGGAUGAUGUACAUGAGGCCCGGAGAGUACAGGAGCUUCAGGGACAUGGGCAUGAGCGGCAUGAAGUUCAUGAGCAUGAGGCGUAUCACCGACUCCUGCUAAAUUUUCACUGAAUGUUCACUGAAAUGAUCAAAUGUCAAAUAAAAAAAUCACCUUGAA